ACUGGCGAGGUUAAAUAGUGGCCAAGGAGGCCAGCCGGGUCCGUCUCCUCCUCCCCCCUGCCUGGCGGGAACUAGCUGGUGUGCAAACUGCAGGCGAAACUGCCUUUCCUCCGACUGCACAGUUACCAGCGCGCGCGCGGAGAGGCCAGCAGAAAACCCGCCUCGGGAUGGAGUUGGGGGGGAAAGGGCGCUGAGUGUCUGGCUUGGCCGCGGCGAAGAAGGGCGACUUUGCGCGGUGGCGCUGGAUAAUCCUGGCGAGGAAGCAUGGCCGAGGAGCCGGAGCAGGGCGCCUAUAUAGGGCCAUCUACAGACAAGGUCUCAACAUAAUCAAGGAACUCCCCAGGGUUUCCAAUGUUGGGAUCACUGUGAAUGGCAAAAUCUGAGACGCAGGGGGUCUUCCGCAUCCAGGGGCAGUUUGGAAGGUGAAAACAACCCUAGAAUGACCCCAUUCCCUAUCCUCAAAACACCUCCCUCAUGAAGGGGGGGCACACCCAGAUACAGAAUAUGGAAACGUAUCACCGAACGAAAGUAGAUGUUCCUGAUUAUGUCCUUUACACCGUAGGGUCCUGUGUUCUAGUAAUCGGCAGUAUUGGAAUUACAGGAAAUCUCCUGGUUCUGUAUGCAUUUUUCAGCAACAAGAGGCUGAGGACACCACCAAACUAUUUUAUAAUGAAUUUAGCUGUAAGUGAUUUCCUGAUGUCUGCAACUCAGGCUCCAAUCUGUUUUCUUAACAGCAUGCACAGGGAAUGGAUACUCGGAAAAAUAGGUUGCAACUUGUAUGCUUUUUGCGGGGCGCUCUUUGGAAUAACUUCCAUGAUGACUUUAUUAGCCAUUUCAGUUGAUCGCUACUGUGUGAUUACAAAGCCUUUGCAGUCCAUAAAGAGGACUUCAAAGAAGCGCUCGUGCCUGAUCAUUGCCUUUGUCUGGCUCUACUCGCUGGGAUGGAGUGUGUGUCCGCUGUUUGGGUGGAGUUCAUAUAUACCUGAGGGUUUGAUGAUUUCCUGUACGUGGGACUACGUAACCUAUUCUCCAGCAAAUAGGAGCUAUACCAUGAUGUUAUGUUGCUGCGUGUUCUUCAUUCCUCUGGUUAUAAUCUUCCACUGCUAUAUAUUCAUGUUUCUUGCCAUAAGAAAUACUGGCAGGAACGUCCAAAAGAUAGGAUCAUCUUCUGGUCGGAAAUUAAACGUCUCACAGUCCAUAAAAAGUGAAUGGAAGUUGGCAAAAAUUGCUUUUGUGGCCAUUGUGGUCUAUGUCUUGUCCUGGUCUCCAUAUGCUUGCGUCACUCUCAUUGCGUGGGCAGGCCGUUCCAGCUUCCUGACUCCAUAUUCUAAAUCUGUGCCCGCUGUUAUUGCCAAAGCUUCUGCAAUCUACAAUCCCAUCAUCUAUGCAAUCAUUCACCCAAGAUAUCGGAGAACUAUCCACCAUGCUGUCCCUUGCUUGAGGUUCCUGAUAAGAAUAUCCAAAAGUGAUCUUUCUGCCAGUUCCAUGAGUGAGUCAUCUUUCAGGAUGUCUUUCUCUGCUCGUCAGUCUUUCACUUCCAGGAGCAAAAACAGUUGUGUUGCUUCCGUAUCGGCUGUAGAAGUAAACUGGAGUGAAGUGGAGCUCAACCCUGUGGAGCCAGCCUGUAAGAAACUGCAAAUACCUAUAAGUAGCUCUUUUUCAGACCUGAAACCAGAGGAUGAAAAGAGUGAAUUUCUCCUGAAGACCCGCCACUACGAUGUACCAACUGGAGAAAAGCUUGCGCUGUCAUCCAUCAGCCUAGACGAUGCAUUUGGGAGAUCCGUUCGAGAGAGCUCUCCAGACCUGUUUCUCAUCAGCAGUUCUUUCAGAACAACCUCUCUUCCGUUUGGUUUGAACAGCAGCAGCAGCGCAGAGGGGAGCACGGACACUUCAAAAGCCGAAGCCAGCCGAACCAAUGAAAGCUUAGACUCUUCCUUGAGAUCGUCACUUCCACAAAUCAUUAUAAUUCCCACCUCGGACACCACCCUUGCUAAAUGGCAACCUGAGCAACAAAAUGUCGAAAGAGAAGAUAGCGAUUUGUUCUUCUCUGAAAGCAAGAACCACCUGCUGGAUAUAGGAAGGCUUGGUUCCUCUACCGAAGCGAUCGAAAAGCUUCUGUCAUAAACGUAGCCAGAGGGAAACCAAACAAACCACCUGUCUCUGCUUCUUUGGCUGCUUCAUUGCAUUAUUAUACCAAAAAAUAGAAGCCUUGCAGAUUAAACAAAUUACUUUUUUGGAUUUGUUUUAAUGCAGUCUUUAAGCUAUUCCUGAAUUUCAUACACUUUCCAGAUGCUAACUACAGUGGUAGAGUUUGGAGGCAGAUCUAGCUUAGAUAACAUGGUUACCAGACAGAGCACCUAAAUAUUUCUCUGUAUAUGUGUCUGGAAUAGAUUUUUAUGCACUGGUAUCUUUUCCAGUACUGUGGUUUCUGGAAGGCUAUUCUUUCUGGAAUGACCAGCAAAUAUAAAUCUUGCAAUAUGUGCAAAUGCUGAAAUAAGUCUCUGAAAUAAUUCUAGCGAUGUAUCUGGCUGGGUACUAGCACCCCAGCACACCAUCUUGGUUUCAUCUGAAAAUUGUUUGAUUAAGUGGAAGGUGAAUGAGGAAUGUCUACUACAGUUGCUAACAAUUACAUAUCUAUCUGCUUUUUGCCCUAACUUGGGCAAAAGUUGACGCCCUAUCCUGGAAUUUAAGUUGUGAGUAGAAGAGGGAAUGAAAAUAGUAAGAAAACUGAUGCCACUGGGAAAUUUAAUAAAGUUACCACUGGGUUAUGUACACUGUUGGAGAAUACUGCCAUCAGAAAUGAUAGUGCCAAAACUAUACACAGGCUAUAGAAUAUACAGUAACUGUCAAGUCCAACUGUUGUGAUGUCAACACUUACAAGUCACUGGCAGUUAAAUGUUUCCUUUUUUCUUCCUUGAUAAAAACUGGUUGAAGGGAAAAGGUGCUCCUGCCUUACAUCUGUAGAAUUCUUACAUUGGUUGAAAAAAGAUAUUAAAUUGUGAUAAACGGUAUAUGUCAAAAUAAACUUGCUGUUGGAUUCUUCUCACAAUAGAUUGUAAGCCACACUCACAAAAAUAAAAACAAAUUUUAACCGCA